ACCGAAGGUUAGGACUUAUUCUUUUCGAUCGCCAAACAAAGCAGUCAUGGCUUCCCAGCUAUUGAGGCGCGUAAUCGGAAGCCGCUCCACCCACUUUCUCUCCGGCGCCGCGAAUCCCUCCCCGACCUUGCUCUCAUCGUCGUCUCCGGCAGCUAGGGUUUUCUCAUCUACUUCCACUCCGAUCACUGCCACCCUCUUCCCCGGCGACGGUAUCGGCCCCGAGAUCGCCGAGUCCGUCAAACAGAUAUUCAGAGAAGCUGAAGUCCCAAUUGAAUGGGAAGAACACUAUGUUGGGGAGCAAAUAGAUCCCAGGACUCAGAGUUUUCUGACAUGGGAAAGUUUAGAGUCGGUACGAAGGAAUAAGGUGGGCUUGAAAGGGCCGAUGGCCACACCAAUUGGGAAGGGUCAUCGUUCAUUGAACCUUACACUGAGGAAAGAACUGAAUUUGUUUGCAAAUGUCAGACCUUGCUACAGCCUUCCUGGCUAUAAGACUCGAUAUGAUGAUGUAGAUCUUGUCACUAUCCGUGAGAAUACGGAGGGGGAAUACAGUGGACUUGAACAUCAAGUGGUGAGAGGUGUUGUUGAGAGCCUCAAGAUCAUUACCCGUCAAGCUAGCUUGAGGGUGGCUGAGUAUGCUUUUCAUUAUGCCAAGGCCCAUGGAAGAGAAAGAGUGUCUGCAAUACACAAAGCAAAUAUAAUGCAGAAAACCGACGGUCUUUUUCUCAAGUGUUGCCGCGAAGUUGCAGAGAAGUACCCUGAUAUAAAGUAUGAGGAAGUUGUCAUUGAUAAUUGCUGUAUGAUGCUUGUGAAGAAUCCAGCACUUUUUGAUGUGCUAGUGAUGCCUAACCUCUAUGGUGAUAUUAUUAGUGACCUUUGCGCUGGGUUGAUAGGGGGUUUGGGCUUAACACCAAGCUGCAAUAUUGGUGAGGGAGGUAUUGCCCUUGCUGAAGCUGUACAUGGAUCGGCACCUGAUAUUGCUGGAAAGAAUUUGGCAAAUCCAACUGCUCUGCUUUUGAGUGCUGUUACCAUGCUUCGCCAUUUGGAGCUCCAUGAUAAAGCUGAUCGGAUCCAGGAUGCGAUCCUGAAGACAAUUGCAGAGGGCAAGUACCGUACUGCUGACCUUGGUGGCAAAUCAACAACUACUGACUUUACACAAGCGAUUUGUGAUCAUCUCUGAAAGGAUAUUGCUAGGAUUUUGGUUUUUGCAUUGUAGUUAACUUAUUAUUUGUUGUGGCUCCUUGUGGAGCCACGCUUCAAAAUUUUCUCAUAUUUCUGUUGUUUUGAUGGGGAAUAAGUUCACAUCAAAUUGAUGACUAUAAAGAGAUUCAUCUAGCCAUGGACGUAUUUGGUUCUUUGAGGGACAAAAGUGUUGACACUGCUACCAUGAAUAUACUCAUAACUUCCAUGCAAUGUAUUUGACAAUAAGCAUAUGAUAUUGUGUUCGCGGGAGUCAUUCUGCCA